UUAAUUCGUGUCAGUUGCUAAUCCCAAAAUCUAGCAAAGACUCGGUCCGUGGUCACAAAAAUGCUAGAGCCAUCAGAAGAUCUGAAGAACACCCACACUAUUAGCAAGGAAAGGGUACGCAAGCCCGAGGAGGUACACCUGCAAUAAUUCCUGCAGCACGUUUGCGUGCUCACAACUGAACUACCGUAUUCUACACAAGAUACCACACCCUCAUAAGAUACCACACCCCCCCCACAAUACCACACCCCGGUGGUUACUGAGACAGUACAGCUCCCUCUAGCAAACCUAGGGCCGUGUACAUAGUGCCCGUCCACCUUUCUGAUGACGUCUGCCUCCGCGCAAAAAGAUGAGAUGGGCAUUGCUGCCUACACCGACGGCCUGGAGGCCCGCGCAUCUGCACGUUUGUACCUGACGCACCAGUGCCGACCCAACUCCACCACUACGCACGCCUCGCGGCGGGUGCGCCGCAGCAAGAAGGUAUCGGUCCCCUGAGGGUGAGUCUAGCCCUGCUCGCUAGAAAGACCCCCCCCCUCGCUAUGGGUCAUGCCUACGCAAAACCUUGCCGAGGCAGCGAGGGGAAGAAAGGAAGGGUUAACAAUAUGGUGACGACGGUGUUCUUGCGGGGGAGCGGUCUCCCGUUGUUGCUGUCGUUUCCGCACGAAACCCAUAUGGGAUAGGGCCGACCGCUACGUUGGUGUUCGUACGUUCCAUCAGGGAUGUUACCCUUACUCUUUGCAGUGUUCAGCCAGGUGUCGCGUCUUCUCCAUAACAGCUGGCAAUGAUGGUGGUUACUCUCUGACGCUUGUUUCGACCUCUGAUACACCGCGUGCAUUUUCCCAACUUUAGUGUUUGGGUCCCAUCCACGUUUGUUUGGGUCGAGGCCGUUUUCUACCUCGUUUCCGAGACAUGCCAUUGGUUUCGGUAUUGUCGGGAACAAAAUCGUGGUAUAAUUGCACUUCACCGAGAGAAGAACCAGAUGCCUUCCUCGUACAGAUCCAAAUGAUAUUCCAUGGCGUGAUUGUCGGUAUCCGCCCAUGGUGGUGGCAAUGGUUGGUAGUCAUGAAGAGGAGGGGAAGGUGAAGGGGUAGAGGGUUGCAGGGCUAAGGUGAAGUGGGGAAGUCGAAAUAUGAAGUAUAGUUUAUUUACGACAUCUUUGGGGUAAAUAAUUUGUCCAAGGGGUUGUUGUUGUUGUUGUUGUUGUUGUUGUCUUCACAUUAAACCGUAUGUCAGUUGCUAAAUGCCAAAAUCUAGCAAAGACUCUCAGCCCGUGGUCACGAGAGUGCUAGAGCCAUCUGAGGAUCUAAAGAACACGCACACAUGUAACGAGAAAAAGGUAUCCAAGAGUCCGAAGAGGUACAACUAAAAAUCCCUGCAGCACCGUAUGCGUGCCCAAAAACUGAACUGCACGUCCGUCCCACCGUUCGACUACAGCAGCAUCACCCCCUCCCUGUCCCACUCUAUACCAAAACGGAAGAUUGCCGACCACAGCAUGCUGCUGUCUGAAGUGCUGUCUG